AUGGAGCUGGCGCCGCUCCCGCCGGCGGGGCUGCAGCCUGAGCCCGAGCCUGAGCCUGUCGCCGCCGUCGCCGCGCAGCAGGUGUGGCCCGUGGCGUUCGGCUCCGUGACCAUGGCUGGGCGGAUGCGGAUCAUGGAGGACACCGUCUCGCUCCACCCCAACUUGUGCACCUGGGCCGCCGACGGCUCGCCCAUGCACUUCUUCGCCGUCUUCGACGGCCACGGCGGCCCCCAUGUGUCCGCGCUGUGCCGCGAGCGGAUGCACGAGUUGGUGGCGGAGGAGCUAGAGAGGGAGGGAGCGGCGUUCCUGCGUCGCCGGCAGGCGUCGAGCGACGCCGCGAGAAGCGUCGCCGCAUUCCUCGGAGGUCCCCCCGCCGCCGAGCCCUGGUCGGAGAAGGCGGAGGAGGAGCGCGCGUGGCGGGCCGCGCUGAUGCGCAGCUUCCGGCGCGUGGACGCGAUGGCGCCGCUGGCGUGCGCGUGCGGCCGCGUCACGCACCCGGCCUGCGGCUGCCCGCUCUCCGUCACCGGCGCCGCUGUCCGCUCCAACGGCAUCGUCGGCUCCACCGCCGUCGUGGCCAUCCUCGUCCGCGGCCGCCUCAUCGUGGCCAACUGCGGCGACUCCCGCGCCGUGCUCUGCCGCGGGCUCGAAGGGACGCCGCCCGUCCCGCUCUCCUUCGACCACAAGGGAGGAGGCAGCGGGCGCUGGUGCAGCACGGAUAUCAAAGCGGCCAUGCAGUGGCAGUCCCGAGGAUACUCGCCAACUUUCGGGGCGGUCGCGGUGCGCCGUGCGCCGUCGCUGUCGCCGGGGGGAUACGUGGCGGCGACGGCGGGGGAUUCCGAGGGCCGAGGGCACGUGUCGGUGGACGCGGGGGCACGUGUGGAGACCCCAGUGGUCGCCGGCAGGUGGGGCCCCUGGCAGAGCUCAAAGCCGCAGCAGUCUCCACUCGCUGUCGCCUGUGCGGCGGGGCCCGCCGGAGAGGAAGGGGGAGGUGGCCGGAGGCGCCACCUGCCGUGCUGCCGCUGCUCCGGCAGGAGAGAGAAUCCUUGGGAGGGAAGAUGA